UGAAAACUGCCAAAGCAUAACAAAACAUUCCAGUUUCACCACGUCAAUCGGAACGGGUUUUCAGCUGGUCUAUUUCUUCGGAGUUCGAUUGAAACCAAAUAAUUCAAGGGUUAAUUAGCACGAGUAUGUUGAUUGUAGUUUGUUGAUUGUUGGCCAAUCUAGCAAAAUGUGUUGUGUAUGCGAUGACUCAUCGCCAAAUUUAAUUGGAAUCCGGAAACGAUCCCAAUCUAGAGACGAAAGGACGAUAUCAAGAAAAUGGCGCAACCGAAUGAGUGGUUUUCAUUAUUUCAUUAUUUUCGUCAGUGGGACUCUGGUGUCUGGAAUGAUGUUUGCGCUGUUGAAACAUGCCCCCAGUUAUCGGUCACUGCCCGCACGGGUUACUCCGCAUCAUCUUCCCGAUGGCAGAUUUCUACAAAUUGCAGAUGAGGCAAAAGUUUUGGAACCUUAUCUGUCAGCGGUUAAGAUACCUGGAGGAUUCAAUGAUGACUCCAGUGGAAAGUACAACAGAAAUGAACAGCACGAUACAAACGAACAGGAAGCUCUGAGUUCGCUGAGAAUGGCAACGGAAAUGAAACUCAUGGGAAAAGACGACAAAGCACUUCGACUGUUUGAGCAUGCAUUGGCACUUUCGCCAAAGCAUCCGGAAGUGCUCACCAAGUACGGUGAAUUCCUGGAGCACAACCAACAGGACGUACUGACGGCCGAUCAUUACUAUUAUCAAGCGUUGGCGGUGAAUCCAUCCUACUCGGAUGCGUUGACGAAUAGACAAAGAACUGCUCGAAUAGUGGAACAUCUUGAUCAGAAACGUUUCGAACGAUUGGAUGAAAAGCGGGAUGCACUUUCGUCGGUACACGCGAUGAACGCCGCACUGAAACGUGCCGAAAAGGAAGCGUACAUUCAACAUAUCUACCAUUCAGUGGGCAUUGAAGGAAACACGAUGAGUUUAGCUCAAACUCGUUCGAUUCUGGAAACGAAAAUGGCCGUUGACGGCAAGAGCAUCGAUGAACACAAUGAAAUUCUUGGGCUGGAUGCUGCGAUGAAGUACAUUAAUGCAACGUUGGUUAACAAGAACGAUUUUAUAACAAUGAAAGACAUUCUGGAAAUACAUCGUCGAGUUUUGGGUCACGUCGAUCCGAUCGAAGGUGGCGAGUUCCGACGUACACAGGUUUACGUCGGAGGUCAUGUUCCACCGGGUCCGGGUGAUUUGUCGAUUCUGAUGAACCGUUUCGAGAUCUGGCUAAACUCGGAACAAUCGUUUCUACUGCACCCGGUGAAGUAUGCCGCCAUGGCCCACUACAAACUGGUCCACAUUCACCCAUUCAGCGAUGGAAACGGCCGAACGUCCCGCUUGCUGAUGAAUACAUUGCUCAUGCGGGCCGGUUACCCACCGGUGAUCAUCCAGAAACAGCACCGUCACAAGUACUACGACUAUUUGCAGAUUGCCAACGAUGGUGACAUCCGUCCGUUCGUGCGGUUCAUUGCGGAUUGUACGGAACGGACACUGGAUCUUUACCUUUGGGCCACCAGCGAUCUGUCCAAUCCGAUUCCGCUGUUGGCACAGGAAAGCAUGGCGAAAGGUGUGUCACUGAUCAAGGGUUCCGAGGAAUCCAGUACCGUGGAAGGCAGCGGAACCGGUGAUACCAUACGGAUAGGAAUCAUUUGAUAUUUGCUGGCAACUGUGCUCAUCAUUGCGCUAGUGAUACUGCUGCUACAUCACCGGAAACCUCGUGCACUGGUGAUGCUGGUCGUAGUCUAGAUGUUCGGAUGUUCCUUUCCUGGAAGCUUUCGCCGAAACUUGUAAUCGUCGGGGUGAGUAGUAGCCGGAUAAUGUUAUUUUUUGUUUGUUUAUUUAUGCUGUUUUAGAUUUAAGCUUUUAGCAUCUAAUCCUUUCUAGCAGAGCAUAUUUAAUUUGUUCUUCUUUAAGUUUCAAUCAAAGAUUACCAAGAUUUAACUACUAACGAACUUAAGAGCAGUCAGUGUCUUUACAAGAAAAUACGAUCUUAAAGCGAGAUAAGAAAAUGAGAAUGUUAGAACAUUUUAAAACUGUAAAUAAAACCAUAUAUUUGUAUGUAUUGAAUGAGUGUGUAACGACUACUAAUCAACCAUUACGUUGUUUGGUUGGUUGUUCGAAUCUAUUUCCCAACGAUAAAUUCAAAAACUGUUGCGAGUCAAACAUCCAAUAAUUGAUUCAGUUGUUUCUCACCAAUGUGCUUUUUCUGUAGUUUGACAGUUUGUGUUCAGACUGUAAUCAUAUUUUGGUAGAAUUAUUUUCCCCUUCAGCGAGCGUGAUUGUGUGUUUAGUUGGAAUUCUGAAGCGUAACGACGUACACAACAAACGCUCAAAUCGGGAUUUAGUCAGUCUGUCAGAUAUUAGAUAAUUAUUUCUCUCAAGUGCCAAAACAGUUGACCAAAACAAAUCAAUUUUUAUAAUAGCCAAAGGCGAAUCGAAAGGUUUCCAUUAUUCAUGAUUUUUUUAAUAAUUCGCACCAUGCAAAAAGUAGAUCGACACGACAGCUUUCGUGAGUGAAUGAAAUAUGCAGCACUAAAAUACUAGUAAAUGUUAUGAAACUGUUUUAAUAUCUACUUCAGUUGCUUCUUUUCAUUGAAUUCACAAGAGAGAAUCAAUUAAAGCUUACGGUUCCUUUCGUAAAUCUCAAGUUGAAAUUUGAUCAUUAUAAAAUACUCCAUCCAAUUUCGGACGGGCAUUGACUUGUGUUAAAUACUAGAAAUGUGUAAUAAUGUAUAUAUUGUAAAACUCCAUUAUUAAAGCGAUGAACACGCACAGAAGCUAUAAAAAUAUUUAUUUUGAACAAAUCGUCUAGAAAUAUUUAGUAAUUUAUGUUUAUCAGGUUACUGUACAGUUUUUAACUGCAAAUACAAUUGAAAAUUUGAUAUAUGAAUUUCUAUCUGUGAUUUGAGAGUGUUUUACAAAUGAAGCAGAAAUUGUUGCGUAGAGCCAGCAGAAUGAUGAGUAGAAAUAAACAAUCAGAAUUAUACCGUU